CGGAAGAACGAAAGGGCCCGGAACGGAAGGGACGCCCCCUCCUCGAUCGAAACCGCGGCCCUUGUGCGGGAAUGGAUCCGCUCGACCCUGCUGGAACAGCCACCGCGAAGCGAAGGGGUGGUCUCGGCUUCCGCUCCCCUUGGUGGUGCCGCUUUCCCGGGGAAAAAGGUCCUGGCCUGGCCGGGGGCCACAAAGGCGAUGCACGUCAAGGCCUCCUUUGCGGUGUACGCCUCCAUGGUGCCACAGAUCGCGGGGAUCAGCCCGGCCCUGGUGGGGCACGUCUUUAGGGUCGCCGGGGGGCUGGUCCGGGACGCCUACCACGAAAGGAUCGCCGUCGUGCUGGUGCCGGGAAAAAAGGGGGCAAGCCACUGCGACGGCAACGCCCGGGCAAGGGUGCUCCUGAACCACCUGGCCGCCUCGGCCAUGGGACUCCUCAGGGCCUGCUGGGAGGCGGGGAAAGAAUCCUCCGGGGGGAUUGGUGCCUCCGGGGAAAAGGCGGCCCACCGCACCUUUUUGCUCCUCUCGCUGCAGGAGCUCCUGGGGGACCUGCUGGUGCCCCUGCCCCUCUCGGAGCUCCCCCGAGAGCACUACCGGCUGGCCGUCCGGGGCCUUGCAAGGAGGAAGCAGCGGGAGCGGGACUGGCACGAACGGCAGCAACGAGAACAAGAAAAACAACGAGAACAACAACAAGAGCAGCAGCAAGGACCGCGACACCCGCGCUACAGCGGGGCUUGCUUCGGGUUGGACCCGGAGUCGAAGCUCCUCCUGCGCAUGGCCGUCUACCGGUUGCUGGUGGACUGAGCCACGGCCUGCGAUGCGGGGCCGCACCGGGCAAACCAAGGCACACAAGAGUCUUCCGCGGCCGCGUGCUUCGCCGRCGGCGGCGAGACACGCGGCGGGGAUCUGGCAGCAAGACCGUGCUACAGCAAUACGAUACUACAACAAUACAUACAUACAUACAUA